AUGACAAUCCUAUCCCUACCGAGGCAGGCAGCGGAAGGAGCUGCUUUGGAGCAGCUAGACGCGCAGAUAGAGGAGGACUCUGGACUGGACAAACCCGCACUUGAGCAAUUGCGCGUGAAGCGUCGGCAGAAAGUGAAUAAGAUCGCCGACGCCAAUGCGCGACUUGUGGUGCGUAACUCACACCAGAUUCACUCGUUUCAGCUGUCUCUGGUGGCUUUGUCACAGCAUGAGAACAUGUGGGAGCGGGCCAUGAAGAGCUACAAGUGGGUGCACCAUUUGCCCCAGGUGAGGGAGACUCGCACUACCGUGGCCCACGUUAUGUGGGUCAACCCGUUUCCGCCGAAGUGUGCCGCGUGGAUAUCCGUCAAGAACAGGCAAUACGCAAGCGUCCAAGGGUGGAUAGAAGCGGAGAUCGCGGACCAGCGGAGGGAGCGCAAGAAACUCGAGCGAGCGGCGCGACUCCGUCUCAAGCGACUCCAGCCGCGUAGCUUGAUGCACAGCCGACAAGACCAAUCGUCUUUGUCAACCGGAGGGCUUGCUCCAGUUCUCGGUACCUCCCUCUCUGGAAACGUAGGUCACUCCUCUCGACCGAAGGUGACCGCGGCCGGAUUGAGUGGCGGAAUUUACGGCUACGGUGACGACCGAGUGAGCUUUGGCGCGCCCGCAAGCUUCGGCCAUCAGCGGAACUUGAAGGGAUCACAAAGGACGGAAGCGAUCGCUGGGGCUAAUGGUGCAGAACGGCUGUCGAACUUUCUCCGCGGUGGGGAAAUGCCUUCAACUCCGCUCAACUUCCGGGCGGCGCGUGAAACCGAAAAGAACCAUCCUCGGGACCCUUUGCAUGAGCACCAACACCGUCCGACCCCGGGAUACGCUGGGUCAGCUUCCCCCUCAUCUACGGCGUUCAGUAGAACUUCCCCCGGCACCGAGAGGGGUCCGUCCCGCCAAGCGACUCCAACCCUAGAUGGACCCGCCGCCGGCCAUGGCGGAAUUGGUGGCUACAAGGUCGGUUUCGACGGUACGAAUUCCGUCCACAACAGCGGGCGUACAUCGCAGAUGGCAAAGGAAGCCGACCACCAGCGGUAUAAGAGCUUGUUCACGAACUCGCCUGCCGAGCUUCCCGAGGUGACCGUCAUGCCCGCGGGAGGCGGCGACAACAACAACCUCCAGGUAGGAGGCACAAACGCGCGGGAUCGCAGCAUGAGCACUUCGAGGGCUGCCUCAAGAGAAGACAUGAAAGUGAAGGCCGGCAGGGGGAGCGACGGCAUGGCCGGACCAAACCACCCCACCAACUACCGCCGCGCGCAGACGGCCAAGGUAGACUACCACAACAGCGUGCGACGGAAGUCAAGCAACACCUCGUUUACGCACCCGGUGGGACACCCGGGUGGCCUGGACGCGUUGGCGCCGUCGCAAUCUCGUGUGGAAUCUCUUAGAGGGUGGGGAGAGGGACAGCCGGUUGUUGUAGCGGUGGCAGGGAGGGGUGAUUCGAGCGGAACCAGGGGGCUGGCACGGCCGGUGUCCGUCUCGGGGCGGUCGGCGGCGACCACAGGCCCGCACGAAGAACCUUUCCGAUGGAUUCCCGAAAAGGCUCCCCCGCCAACCCCUCGGCUCGCGUGCCAACCCCUAACUCCUCCACGGGCGAGACGGGGGCAUCUGCCACCAGACUGCCGCAACCAAGACGGACCACAAACUCCGGCCGGUCUCGCGGCAGUACCGGUGGCAACGGAAGCCCGACUGAAUACAUUCUAG